GUCGUUGGUGUGUCGAUUGGUUGUGGAGGGGUGUUAGCACCUAGUCUUUUUUCCUUUUUAUUUUUAUUGUUAUAUCUACUGACAUACGCUGCGAAUUGCGCUGCGUGUAGGAAUCAAACUGACUCAGACUUGUGGACUUGACGUCCACCUUGGGUUGGCGAGGAAAGGAUGUCGGCUUUGGGCUGCUUUGGUGUGGAACAGUUCUGAUGAGCAGGCGGAGCGCUGUGCGGACAAUGUCGGCGCGCGCGGCGGACAGUGGCGCGCCGCGGCGCCCGCUGCUGCUGCUGCUCAUGUCAGUGCUAGUGUCAGUGUCAGUGUCGGCGGGUGCGCGUCCCGGCUACAUAGUGCACGAGUUCAGUGAGGCGGCGCCGGCCGAGAAACUGAACCACCUCGUGGUGGAUGAGAACACGGGCCGCGUGUACGUGGGCGCCAUCAACCGUCUGUUUCAGCUGAGCGGCGACCUGCAGACGGUGGUCUCGGAGCGCACCGGGCCGCAGGACGACGACCCCGAGUGCUCGCCGGCCAACGAGUGCCCCGUCUACGUGGUAAAGCGGCCCACCGACAACGUUAACAAGGCGCUGGUCAUCGACAAGAAGCACGGCAACCUGAUCGUGUGCGGCUCGCUGUUCCAGGGCCGCUGUCAGGUGCGGAAUCUGCACAACAUCAGCGUGGUCGAGGUGGAGGCUGAGGAGGCCGUGGUGGCGAACAACGAGACGGCCUCUACGGUGGUGUUCAUCGCGCCGGGGCCGCCGCGGCCGCCACAGACACACGUCCUCUAUGUGGGGGUCACGUACACGGGCGGCGCGCGCGCGCCCUACCGCAACGAGGUGCCGGCCGUGGCCAGCCGCUCGCUCGACCGCGACCGCAUGUUCGGCAUCUCGGAGGUGGCCGUCACCACCGGCACCCGCAUGUCCAUCAACUCGCUGGCCCGCGAGCGCUACUACAUCAACUACGUGUACGGCUUUGGCUCGGACGGCUUCAGCUACUUCUUGACCACGCAGAUGCGCCGCAGCAACGAGCUAAGUCCGUACAUCUCGAAACUGGUGCGUGUGUGUCAGGACGACCCGCACUACUACUCCUACACGGAGAUUCCGAUCGACUGUAUCGACUCGGCGGGCAUCAAAUACAACCUGGCGCAGGCGGCGCACGUGGCCAGCGCCGGCCCCCACCUGGCCUCCAAGCUGAGUGUCAGCCCGCAGAGUGACGUACUUUACGCUGUGUUCAGUGUCAGUGAGACCAGCGAGGGCGAGAACUCGAACAAGCCCACCAACCGCUCGGCGCUGUGCGUGUACCCUCUGAAGGCGAUCCGACAGACCUUCACUCGGAACAUCAUGGAGUGCUACCAGGGCAAGGCGGACCGCGGCCUCGAGUUCAUAUCGCCCGGGAAGAAGUGCGUCUCCACGAAAGUGGAGCUGCUGGAGCAGGUGGGGGAGGACUUUUGCGGCAUGGACGUGAACACGCCGAUCGGCGGCAGCCGGCCCGUCACCUCUGUGGCUGUGCUGACGUUUGACGCGCUCCUUACCUCCGUGGCCGCCACCACCACCGGCGACUUCAACGUCGUGUUCGCCGGCACCGCGGACGGACACCUGCGCAAGGUGGUGAUGGAGGCCGACCCGGGCUCGCUGGACCGCCAGGUCAGCGCCACUCAGUACGCCGACCUGCCCGUCCAGCCCGGCCACAAGGUGCUACCCGACCUGCGCUUCGACCCGCGCCAGCACCACCUCUACGUCAUGACCAGCAGCAAGGUCUCCAAGGUCAAGGUCCAGGAGUGUCACCAGUACACCACGUGUUCAGAGUGUCUGGGGGCGCGAGACCCCUACUGCGGAUGGUGCUCGCUCGAGAAUAAAUGCAGCAUCCGCAGCGACUGCCAGGACGCGGCCAAGGACGUGCUCUACUGGAUCAACUACAAGUCGGACCGGUGUACGACCAUCGAGUCGGUGUCGCCACACCAGCUGCAGGCCACCACGGCCAGGACGCUGACGCUGACCAUCAACAACCUGCCGAACGUGCAGCAGUCGGGCGGCUUCCUCUGCGCCUUCACACUGAUGGGCAAGACGCUCAUCACCAACGCCACAAAGACGGGACCGGAUACAUUGAUGUGCACCACGCCGCGGACUGAUCUGCUGCUGCAGAUACCCUCCGGGCAGCACUACAUCCAGGCGAAGCUGUCAGUACGGAUGACGAACGGUCCCGACUUUGUGGCCACCGACUUUGAGUUCUACAACUGCAACCGGUACCAGCAGUGCAGCCAGUGUGUGAGCGCGCCUUUCCCGUGUGACUGGUGUGUGGACGGCCACCGGUGUACGCACGACACGGCCGAGAACUGCCGCAACGACAUCCUCGUCACGGGACUGAAGCGGAUCGGACCGAGCAUUCGCAGCGGGCCCGGCUUCUGUCCAAAGAUCAACACCACGGCGCACGGCACCACAGAGAUCCUGGUGCCCUCCGGCACCAAGCGCAACAUCAAGGUCAAGGUCGAGAACAUCGCGCGUCUGAUCGCCCAGGACAGGUUCGUGUGCCAGUUCAACAUCGAGGGCCGGGUGACCACGGUGCCUGCCCAGCUGCUGGGCAGCGACAUCUACUGCGACGAGAUGAAGUUCGACUACCUGGGCAAACAGCCCAACAUCACAGCGGCGUUCGCCGUCAUCUGGGGCAGCGGAAAACCGCUGGACAACCCUGAGGAUGUGCGAGUGCUGGUGUACCAGUGCGCCCGCAUGGCCGACAACUGUGGCGAGUGUCUGGCGCUCGAGCCGCGCUUCAACUGCGGCUGGUGCGAGUCCUCCGGACGCUGUGAGGUCAAGGAUGAGUGCGCCGCGCCGCCCUGGCUCGACCGCAGCAAGCCGUGCCCCAACCCGCGGAUUACCGACUUCAGUCCCAAGUCGGGGCCAUACGAGGGCGGCACCAACAUCACCAUAUCAGGCAUCAACUUAGGGAAGACGUUCGAGGACAUCUACGAUCAGGUGACUGUGGCCGGCGUGCCCUGUAACCCGAUCCGCGCCCUCUACAAGAAGACGCGACAGAUUGUCUGCGAGGUGGACGGACCCGGCACCAACGAGUACCGCAGCGCGCCAGUGGUAGUCCGUGUGGCCAGUUUCCGCGCCCAGUCGGCCGACAGCUACGAGUUCGUCGACCCACGCAUCUCUCGUAUCGAGCCGACGCGCGGCCCGCGCUCCGGCGGCACCCACCUGCGCAUCAUCGGUGACCACAUGGACGCCGGCUCGCGGGUGCGCGCCCAGCUGGGAGAUCUGCCGUGCGAGGUGCGCGAGCGGGCCGCCACGUACGCGGUGUGUGUGACGGCGGCGGCGCCGCGGCCCGGCCCGCAGCCGCUCAGCAUGACGUUCGACAGGACGCGCCGCCACCUGGCCGAGCCCAGCUACCGGUACGAGGAGGAUCCGCGCGUGCUGGAGGUCAGCAGCGGCCCGAACCCGCAGGACAAGGUGCCCAAGGGCGUGCCGUCCGGCGGCGUCAUCAUCACGGUGCGCGGCGAGAACCUGCUGGUGGUGCAGCGGCCGCGGCUGGCCGUCCAGUACGCCGGAGACGAGUUCGUCAGCCAGCCGUGUCGUGUGCUGGGCGACGAGCUGAUGGAGUGCCGCUCGCCAGCCAUCCCCAGCCACCCGCGGCCGCAGCAGAUUCCCGCCCAGCGGCCCGAGAACCUCCACUACGGCUUUAUCAUGGACGACGUGCGCUCGGUGAGGAACCUCUCUGCGGCGAGCGGCGUGCGCCGAUUCCAGCUCUACCCGGACCCCGUGUACAGUCCGUUCGAGGACGAGGACGGCGUCAAAUACUACAAGAGCGACUACCUCACCAUCAACGGCCGGAACCUGAACCUGGCUUGCCGUGACUCUGACGUCACAGUCCGGAUCGGCACCGAGUUCUGCAACGUGACGUCACUCUCGCUCAAUCAGCUGACGUGCAAGCCGCCCAAGAAGGCUCCUCUAGCCAUUGGCGCCGACGGCCAGCCGACGGACGAGGAGCUGCCGCAAGUUAUAGUGAGCAUCGGUAGUCGCCUCAACUACACGAUCGGACGGCUGUCGUACGCGGGCCUGAACCCCGGCGGAGGCACGCUGCCACAGCCGGUGAUAAUCGGCGUGGCGGUGGCAGCCUUUCUACUGGUACUCGCCGUCAUCGCUAUCCUCAUUGCCUACAAACGCAAGUCGUCAGAGUCAUCCCGCGUGCUGAAGAACAUGCAAGAGCAGAUGGAUGUUCUCGAGCUCAGGGUGGCCGCGGAGUGCAAGGAAGCGUUCGCGGAGCUGCAGACGGAGAUGACGGACCUGACCUCGGACAUCACCGGCAUCGGCAUCCCGUUCCUCGAGUAUCGCGCCUACUGCAUGAAGAUCCUGUUCCCCAGUCAGGAGGACCACCCGGUACUGCAGUGGGCCAACCGACCCGACCUACAGCGCCGAGAGAAGGGGCUGCGGCUGUUUGGACAGCUCAUCAUCAACAAGACCUUCCUGCUGCUCUUCAUACGUACCCUGGAGAGCAACCGAUACUUCAGCAUGAGGGACAGGGUAAACGUGGCGUCCCUAAUAAUGGUGACACUCCAGUGUCGAAUGGAAUACUCCACCGACAUCCUGAAGACGCUGCUCAACGAGCUGAUCGAAAAAUGCACCGAGGGCAACGGGUCGCACCCCAAACUGCUGCUUAGAAGGACCGAGUCGGUGGCCGAGAAGAUGCUCUCCGCCUGGUUCACCUUCCUGCUGUACAAGUUCCUGCGCGAGUGCGCCGGUGAGCCGCUGUACCUGCUGUACCGCGCCAUCAAGCAGCAGGUGGACAAGGGCCCGGUGGACGCCGUGACCAGCGAGGCGCGCUACUCGCUCUCCGAGGAGAAACUCAUCCGACAACAGAUCGACUUCACAUACAUGACGGUGUACGUCUCGAUGCCGACACAGACCGUCUACGUGUCCGGUUUGGACCCGCACCAGGACAACGUGGACAUCCCUGUGCGUGUCCUCAACACGGACACCAUCAGUCAGACCAAGGAGAAGAGCCUCGACUCCAUCUACCGCUCCACGCCCUUCUCCAUGAGGCCGCGGAAGGAGGACCUCGACCUCGAGUGGCGGACGGGCAACUCUGGCCGUCUGAUUCUCUACGACGAGGACUCCACCACCAAACUGGAGAGCGGCUGGAAGAAACUCAACACACUGUCACACUACCGCGUGCCCGACGGCGCGCUGCUCACCCUGGUGCCCAAACAGAGCUCCCUGUACAACAUCAGCAUCCUGUCUGAGAAGUCGGACAAGUCGCACAAGUACGAGACGCUGAAUCAGGCAAAGUACGGCGGCGCGCAGAGUCCGCCCCUCAGCCGGGCCAUGAGCCCCACCAACCACGAGAGCGGCAUCAAGGUGUGGCACCUGGUGCGACACUCCGAGUCGGAGCAGCGCGACGGCGAGCGCAGCAACAAGAUGGUCUCGGAGAUCUACCUGACGCGUCUGCUGGCCACCAAGGGCACUCUGCAGAAGUUUAUGGACGAUCUGUUCGAGACCAUCUUCAGCACGGCGCACCGCGGCUCGGCCCUCCCGCUGGCCAUCAAGUACAUGUUUGACUUUCUGGACGACCAGGCGCUGCUGUACGGCAUCACCGACCCGGACACGGUGCACACGUGGAAAAGUAACAGCUUGCCACUGCGGUUCUGGGUGAACCUCAUCAAAAACCCCAAUUUUGUGUUCGACAUCCACAAGUCCAACAUCGUCGACUCGUGUCUGUCGGUGGUGGCACAGACCUUCAUGGACUCGUGCUCUACCACAGACAACAAGCUCGGCAAGGACUCGCCGUCGAGCAAGCUGCUGUACGCCAAGGACAUCCCCAUCUACAAGGAGUGGGUGACCAAGUACUACGACGACAUCAAGAGGAUGCCGGCCAUCUCGGACCAGGACAUGAACGCCAUGCUGGCAGAGGAGAGCAGGCUGCACCAGCAGGAGUUCAACACCAACUGCGCGCUGCACGAGCUGUACGUGUACGCGGACAAGUACAGCGGCCAGCUGAUGGCCAACCUCGAGGAGGACGAGUUCUCCAGUCGACAGCGGCUCGCGCUCAAACUCGAGCAGGUGCACAAGAUAAUGGCCGGCGAGCCGGACCCCUGACAGUUACAGUCCGGCGUUCUCGAGUGGACCGGUUGGAACGGCGAGUGGCAGUAGACGGCCGGUCCGCUCGGCCGGCCGGCACUGGGCGGUCGACGGCCUCUGAGAGCGCCACAAAACCAACGCUGGUCACAACGCCGGGUCACAGCGCGGGGUACAGCGCUGGGACAUCGCGACAAACCAGAUGGGCCGAAUGACGGGCCUUGGGAGCGCUGACUGGUUUGAGGAUGGACGACGAGCCGCUGGGAGGGACGACACCUCUAUGGAUGGAUAGAUUGGCACGCCGGGGACCUGAGACGGGAUCUAGACGGGCGCGUCUGUCUGCUGGUUCGCCCGGCUGCCACCGCCGCGUCCCGCCCCACUCAGUGAGCCGCCGUGCCCACUCCGCCCGUCGGUUCCCGCCACUCCGUGUGUAUGUGUGUACAUGUGAACUGUAUCUGACCCCAAGCGACUACGUGAGUGUGUCUUCACAAUCAAAACGGGCGCCGAAGACUGGUGAAGUAUGGGCGACGGCCGGGGCUGCCGCGUCUCCGCCAAUUGUGAUACUUAUUCUGAAUAUCAAAUGGUGUUUUCUAUGGCGUGUAUGUGCGCGGCCGUGGCGUGUCUCCGUGUCGCGUGCGCAGCCGCCCGCCGCUGGUCCCGCCUGCCCGCCUCUGUUGUCGCCACUCUCCGACUGUCUUUGUUGCUCAAUGGGGCCAUCUUCCAGGGGCGCCGCGCCGCCCGGGUGUGUGUGUCUGUGUGCGGGACAUGCGUCUGUACAUAGACGGCCGAAUAGCUUACAGCCCAUCGUGUCACAAACCGAGCAGCAAUAUGUCUCCGCACCGCGGCCGCUCCGUCUGCAGCCGUCGACUCGCUCGCCCAGAAGCUGAUAUUGUGUUCAUAUUCAUUUUUUCACGGUAGCGCUAUUCGCAACGAACUCGCUGUAUUCCAUUGUGCGGGCGGUGGGCAGGGAUCAUUUGUACUGAGCCGUGUUGGUCGAGGCUGGACGGCGGCCGGCGCUGUCUCCCCGGCUCUGACUGCAGGGAGCGGUGUAUUGGACGGCGGUACGGCCGAACUGUCCCCCUGCCGGUCGCCGUCGGCACAGCAGCCCCUGUGUGUGUGCGUGUGUGUGUGGCGGCAGCCGCCUGUUUUAGCGGCCGCCCCCCCCCCCUCAAUGUCCUACUCUCUGACACCGGACCGGGCCUCGGCCGGUGUACCGGGUCGCGGCGCCCGCCGGCUGGCCGCCUUUUACCGGAUCUAGUCUCAGCCGAUCGGCGACGCUCGAGGCCGGCGGCGACCGCGCCACGGCCGACAGCAGCACAACGGGCAGGCGCGCCGGGCGCCGGCCGUUCAUUGUUAUCUUAUGUAUGUACGUGUUUGUAUUUGUAUUUGUGUACAUCGCGCUCAUUGCGUAAAUACAUUUUUCAAUGAAGGUGUA